UUGUAGUAGCCUACAAUGUCGCAAACCUCUGCAGCAGCUGUGCUAAUACCAGUGGCGCUGAUGUUGGUGAUGGCGGCGUUGCAGCUCCCGGCCGCAGCCACGCCGCCGCCAGCGCAGCAGGCACCAAGGAUGAUAGGGCAGCCCAACUGCAGCACCACCUGCGGGAACGUGAGCGUGCCGUACCCUUUCGGCUUCGGGCCCUCGCGCUGCUACUGGCCGGGGCUCAACCUCACCUGCGACACCAGCCACGGGCCACCGCAGCUGCUCCUCGGCGACGGCACCCUCCGGGUCACCGACAUCUUCCUCCGCAACGCAACCGUGCGCGUCAUGCGCGCCGGCCUCAUCCUAAACGCAACCGGCAACCUCACCUCCAACGGCUGGAACGUCCCGUUCGGCCGCGGCUUCACGGAGCACGCUUAUUACCUUUCGAGAGCCAACGAGCUCGUUGUCUCCGGCUGCAGCGUGGUGGCGACGCUCCUCGCCGACAUCGGGGAGAAGAUCCCCAGCAGAAUCAUCGCCGGCUGCGCAAGCUGCAGCACCAUAAAUGAUAGCGGGGACGGUUCCACCGUAGUGCGCGGCUUGAGGAUGGUGGACAAUCUGGAGAACAAGUACUGCACCGGCACCAUCGGCUGCUGCCAGGCUCCCUUCACCGUCGGCGGUGUGCCCAACAGCGUGCAGGCCGGGUUGCUUUAUAGUAGCCAUGCCGCGGAGCAGCGACUGCUGCCGGCGACUGUGUUCGUCGCGGAGGAAGGGUGGUGCGACGAGAACAUAUUGCUGCUGCGCGCCAACGGGCUCGAGGAGGCCCCCAUCCUCCUCGAUUGGAGCGUCACGCGGGGCCUGCCGCAACACAAAGGCUGCGACGAUGGCAUAGGCCGCAUGCCCUGCAAGAGCGAACGCAGCAGUUGCUUGUACGACGGACAAGUUGGUGGCUUUACAUGCCAAUGCGACGAUGGUUACGACGGCAACCCUUACCUAGCCGGCGGAUGUCAAGAUAUCGAUGAGUGCAAGCUCCCGCAUGAAGAGAGUAGGUGCUUCGGUGAAUGUAUCAACUCGAUCGGGUCAAUGGACUGCCGGUGCCCGCAUGGAACUUAUGGCAACCCUGUCAUAAAGGGUGGCUGCUUCAAGAUUUCUUUGGGUUUAAUCAUUGGUGUGUCUGUUGCUAGUGUCCCGACCCUCCUGCUUUUGGUUCUAGGUAUAAUAUUUGUAGUCCGUAAAAUUAAGCGGCAUAGAGUAGAAGUCUUGAAACAAAAGUACUUCAAGCAAAAUCGUGGGCAGUUGUUGCAGCAAAUGGUGCCCCAAAAGGCAGACAUUGCAGAAAGGAUGAUCAUACCAGUCAAUGAGCUUGCAAAGGCCACAAACAAUUUCGAUAGAGCUCGUGAGCUUGGUGGAGGAGGCCACGGUACUGUCUACAAAGGUAUCUUAUCAGAUCUACAUGUUGUAGCAAUUAAGAAGUCAAAAAUUACCGUCCAGAAAGAAAUAGAUGAGUUCAUAAAUGAGGUGGCAAUCCUGUCACAGAUUAACCAUAGGAAUGUGGUAAAACUCUUUGGAUGUUGCCUGGAGACUGAGGUCCCAUUGUUAGUUUAUGAGUUUAUUUCCAAUGGAACCCUUUACCACCAUCUUCAUGUUGAAGGACCAAGGUCACUAUCAUGGAGCAACAGGUUGAGGAUCGCAACUGAAGUAGCUACUUCGAUUGCCUAUCUUCACUCGGCAGUUUCAAUACCAAUAAUUCAUAGGGACAUAAAGUCUAGUAACAUACUUCUUGACGACACAUUAACAGCAAAAGUAUCAGAUUUUGGAGCUUCAAGGUACAUUCCAGUUGAGAAAACAAGAUUGACAACAAGGGUUCGGGGAACAAUAGGAUACUUGGAUCCUAUGUACUUUUACACCGGCCGCCUCACCGAGAAAAGUGAUGUCUACAGUUUUGGUGUAAUUCUCGUGGAGUUGCUCACUAGGAAGAAACCAUUUUCAUAUUUGACCACCGAUGGUGACGGCCUUAUUGCCCAUUUUGUUGGUCUAAUUGCUGAGGGAAACAUUGUCCAGAUAAUAGACCCACAAGUUAUAGAGGAGGGAGGCGAAGAAGUAGAAGAAGUUGCUGCACUUGCAGCAUCUUUUGUAAACCUGAGAGGUGAAGAAAGGCCAACGAUGCGACAGGUGGAACAUACACUAGAGGGCAUCCGUGGUUCCAAAAAGAAUAAGAAAGAUGAUACGGAAGCAGCAGAAUUUGAGAAUGAUAACAUUGGGAUUAACCAUCCAUCAUCAAACAGAGAAGGAAAAAAUUUUGAAACAUCAAGCCGAAGAUAUAGUUUGGAGCAGUCCAUGAUGAUGUCUGCAAGGUACCCUCGGUAGUAUGGAGCUAAAGCUUUGUCCUUUAUUUUUUAGAUAAUGAAAGAUUUGUCCUUUAUGCAUUAGCAUAAUAGAUUAGCUAACUUCUCCUAUCUGUAAUUUGGUGUGUGAUGAUAAUAUUUGCGGGAU